AAUAGACACUUGCUCUUUCAUCUCUCUUCUUCACUUUAUCUUUUCCUUUGCAACAUUCAUAAAGUAAAGCUAACACAUAAAGCCAUUCCACAAACGAAACAAAAACAUUCUUUCUAACACUAAGAAGGAGCAGGUGCAAUCUUGGAGACAAACAAGGUGAAUCCUCUCUCUCUCAAAGUCAUCCUAUGCUUUUUCUCUUUUCUUUUGUUUGAAAUUCAUGGCUAGCUAAAGAAAGGUUUCCACUGAUGGAAGGGAUAGCUCCUAAUUCAUGUACAAGACAAGUAUUAGAGAAGAAAGCAAGACCACAAGAGCAAAUAAAUUGUCCAAGGUGCAAUUCAACCAACACAAAGUUUUGUUAUUACAACAACUAUAGUCUAACACAACCAAGAUACUUUUGCAAGACAUGUAGAAGGUAUUGGACUGAAGGAGGAUCUCUAAGAAAUGUUCCUGUUGGAGGUGGUUCAAGAAAGAACAAGAAAAUAACUCCUAAUCCAUCAAAAAUUCCUGACCUAAAUCCACCAACCCUACAAGUCUCUUCUCAAAACCCUAAAAUGCAAGGAGGUCAAGAUCUUAAUCUUUCUUUUCCAUCUAUGGAAAAUUAUCAUCAUCAUCAUCAUCAUCAUGGCAUGUCCUCAUUUGUUCACCAUGAGAUGCAUAACAAUAAUGAAUCAUCUUCUUCAGCUCCAAACUCACUUUCAGCUCUUGACCUACUUAGGUCUAGCAUGGCAUCUAGAGGAUUAAACCCUUAUGCUAAUAAUAAUAAUAAUAAUAAUAAUAAUAAUAAUAAUAAUAAUUCUUUGAUGCCAAAUUCAAAUGCUCUUUAUCCUAAUGGAUUCCCCAUGCAAGAAGUUAAACCUAGUCUUGGAUUUUCAAUUGAUGGGAUUGGAAAUAGAUCAUAUGACCAUGUUCAAGAAGGUGGUGGCAAUGGAAGACUUUUGUUCCCUUUUGGAGAUGUUAAUAAUAAACAACUUUCUACAAGUGAUGUUGAAGUGGAACACAAUAAAGAACAAGGAAAUUCAGCUGGAUAUUGGAGUGGAAUGAUUGGUGAAGGAUCAUGGUAAGAAGAGAUCAAAGAAAUGGAAGAACAUGGAAAGUGAGAUCAACAUGCAUUAUCUUCUUUAUUUCUCUAUAUUUAUUUAUUUUUCUUUUUUUUUUUUUUACAUGGAUAUCACUUGUCUUAAGUUUUUCAGAACUAACAAUAGGGUCGAUGCACAUUUACUUCUAGAAAAAAUUGAAUUAACCAUGAAAAAUUAAAGACAAAAAAAAUUAAAAUUUGUCUCUAAUUUUGUUUAGUAGACGUCAAAAUUAGAGAUGAAUUUAUUUUUUGUCGUCUCUAAUAUUUCAAUUGAUAAUUUAAUUUUUUUUAGUGGUGAUAAUUUUCAUUACUUUGCUUUGUAUACACAGCCUUUGGUAUUUGAGCAAUGUGAGGAUUGUUUUUUUUUUUUUUAUAUAUAUAGAGGGAUAUAGAAGAAGAGUGAAUAUAUUGGACAUUGUUUUAGUCCAUGGCAUGCAACCUGUAUUCAUGAAUUCUUCUUAUUCAAGUAGAUUGUUUGAUUUAUGUGUUUAA